UUGAAAGAUAGGUUCAUUACUGGAAGCUUCAGUUACAGCGCCCUCUCCUGGAGAAGUGCGCUGCCUGCUGGGGGCCGAGGGCUCAGGCCUCAUCUGAGCAUGCUCCAUCUAAACAGAGGACAGGAACAUGAGCGGGUACUGCAGCAACACUUGAAGAUGAGUGAGAAGAGAAAGCUGCUGAAGUUAGGAGACAUUAAAUGAUGCUCCGAGUGUAUGGAGUAAGAUAACUGUCAAAAAGGUGUGUGCACAGUUCUAAUAUUCGUAUUCGUAAUUGAGAAACUGUGUGGAUUAGGAUUAGUCUUGUGAAUACAACUCUGAUUUCUUUGACUAUGAACUUCUCCCUUCUGUGUGGACACGAAUUCAAGUUUGUGGGUACGAGUAGAAAAGUGUUGAAAUGACGUCACAGGGCGGAGUAGUCGAUCCGCCAUGGCGGAGUAGUCGAUCCGCCAUUAUAACACAGCAUGCGCCAAAUUCAAAGAUGGCUGAGGACAGUGGACCGCUUGGAGCUACCAGCUCAGGUGACAUGUCACAGGGACCAGUGGCUACUCAAUUAUUGGAACGUUUGAAAUCAAGGAUUACAGAUGUGUUAAGCCAACCACACUUGAAUUUGGACUACUUCCAGUAUGUGGUAAAUCAAGAAGCAUUUAUUCUGACAGCUGCCUCUAAUACUUUAAACAUUCCAACUGAAAUUGUAGAGUGUCUUUUAUCCCUGCAAAGUAAGAUCGAUGCAGCUGUUUCCCAAGAGAGCCUGUGUGCUUUUGUUAGAGUUGGAGGACAAGGCAGACCAAAGGUCCUUUUUUCUGAGGAACUUCUGUCCCAGCUCAUCAACGUCCCCUUACCGGUGUCUUGCAUAGCAAAUCUGUUGGGUGUCAGCCAAAGCACAAUCUUCCGGCGUAUGCGUGAACUUGUAUUGUCCACAAGAUUUACAUACAGCAACUUAUCUGAUAGUGAACUGGAUGACGCUGUACGGUCAAUAAAAAGCAGGAUCCCAAAUGCAGGAUACAGAAUGGUGAAAGGUUGUCUGCAAGCUGAUGGGCAUAGAGUUCAGUGGGAUCGUAUCAAGGAGUCCAUGCACAGAGUUGAUGCUCCAGGAGUUUUGGAAAGGAUGACACACCUGGGGUGCAUAGUGAGGAGGACCUACUUUGUGCAGGGGCCUUUGUCAUUAGUACACGUAGACACAAACCACAAGCUGAUACGGUACAACAUCAUCAUAUUUGGUGGAAUAGAUGGCUACUCGAGAAAGAUUUUUUUUCUGCAACCAGCAACAAAUAACCGCUCAAGCACUGCUCAUUCAUUAUUUUUGAAGGCAGUAGAAAACUAUGGCUGGCCUUCCAGGGUCAGAGGCGAUGAAGGCGUUGAGAAUGUCUUAAUUGCUGAAACCAUGUUCACUGUUAAAGGCACUGGAAGAGGGAGCUUCAUAGCUGGGAGGAGUGUACAUAAUCAAAGAAUUGAACGGCUGUGGCGAGAUGUCUGGACCUGUGUGACACACCUUUUCUAUGAAGUUCUUCACAGUCUUGAGGAAGAUGGCCUGUUGGACUUGGCAGAUUCUGUUCAUCUGUUUUGUGCCCACUAUGUUUUCCUUCCACGUCUGGCAGCGGCCCUGCAUAGCUUCACAGAAGGCUGGGACAACCAUCCCCUAAGGACAGAAGGUGGACUCUCCCCAAACCAGCUCUGGGUUUUGGGUCACAUGAAGAACCCUUGUGACCCAAAUGAAGAUUUGCAGAACACGGAGCUAUUUGGAACAGACUGGGAAAUGUUUGAUGCUGUGCAAGAGGAACCAUAUGGCGUUCAAGUCCAGGAAAUUGACUGUCCUCUGGAUCCAUAUAUUAUGGAAACUGUACAGGCCAUGAUAAAUCCGUUGGCAUCAUCAGAAUCAUUUGGCCGAGACAUUUACAUAACAAUGAUUCAGUGUAUUGAAAAGCUAACGGUAACACAAGAAAUGACUGAGAUGUAAGACCUUGUAAAACAUUUGCAGGCAGUUUUGUUGGUUGGUUUUUUUUAUUUUUUUUAAACAACUUUGGCAGGAACCAUUAUCAGAGAAAUACUACUUUUAUAACACUUAAAAAAUUGAAAACAGCAAGUUGUCUCCUGAAAAUUACAAAAGAAUAAAACAAUUUGAAAUGUCACAGUAA